AAGGCACAGUUGUAUAACUGUAUAACUGCAUAACUGUAUAACUGCAUAAAUUUAUGGACGGGAUUGUAUGGUUAUAAGGUGAGAAGUAACAUUGGAGCAAUACGGAAAUAAGCGACCUCUAGUGGCUAAGGCAGGUAAAACAUUAAAGAGAAAAUGUCUCAUAAAGCUGCUAAAGUAGCUACACCAAGUGAAAGAAGACCUUCUAAGGUUGAGAUGGAAGGGGAAGGGGAUAUGGCAAAAAUCUUAUCUGAGAUAAGGGAAAUAAGGAGAGAAAUGAAAGAAAGUGAAAAAAGUAUUCAUGUCUGGUUUUUCUUGGUCGUAUGGCAACCCUACCUUACAUGGGCAAUAAAAGAAUAAGUAUAAUAAACUGGAAAAAUCAGGGGAAAUAAAAGCAUGCUGUAGAAAAAAAUGUCAAAAGGAAGUGGAGGAGUGGGUAACAAUUGUUGGCAAUCCCAUCAGCCAUUGCACUCACCCUGGGAGAGUAUUCAGGUAUUGUCAGAGAGUUGGAGAGUGAAAUAGGGCCUAGCAAGAGCAUGGAGAGCAAGUGGAGGUCAUCUGAAGAGAAGGUGAUCUGAGCCUUCCUGGCUUUAGGUGUUUUUGCGUUUGUGUGCGGUUCCUGGGAAUUGAACCCUCACGUAAGUUGCAGGCUUACUGUACACACACCCUCUCCUUUCCUUGCCUCUGCAAAGAAGCCAUUUCCAAAGACCCCCCUGCAAAAUUGAGUUUGCCGUCCGGCUGUCAGUUGGGAGUGAGGUGAAGAGCAACAUCUACUUCUCCCUCCACCUCUCAUUUGUAUGCUUAAUUAGGGAUUAGACAUUCAUUAAACAUAAACACCACCCUCCAAACUACUUUGGGACUGGACUCGGUGUGGAGCAGGUGGUCCCCAAGUUGACCCAGGGAGGGUUGAUGGGAUGGAAGGGAGGUGCACAGCCAUAUUAUUUUGACUUUUAAAUCCACACAUUUUAGUUUCUCUUGAAGUCUCUCCCCCUCCCGGUAAUUUGCAUGUUUUUCUGACUUUCUUGUGCUUCUAAUUAUAAUUAAUUUUGUGAAUGGGUUUGAUACAACUUACUAAUCAUGUUCAGACACUAUGCCUGAAUGGGGAAUAGUAACCAUGGCUUCCCUGUGUGCUCCAUACUGACCAUCUUGCUUUGAAUGUUUCCUUACUGCUGCACAGUGGUGUCUAAACAUGUUCACCAAAAUGUCCUUAUAAAAUGCCUGCAGAUAUUCCCAUUCAUUGCUGGUACACUGGGUGUGCAGCAUGCAAGAGACAUUGCAGGCAUGUGUGCAUACCCAUCCACACACCCUACUCCUAUUGACUUGGGCUUUUAAGAGGCUGCACAUGAAUUUCACUUCAGCUGAAAUUCAGUGGCAGUCUAGGGAGGGUGUGGGAAUCCCAUGAGAAAUUCUGGUAGUCAAACACUUUUGCCUUCCCUUGAAACCCUUUGUUUUGUCUACUUACACAUUCCCCAAAGAGAUUUACAAGCAAUACUUUUUAUUACUUACUCAGAAACAAAAAAAAAAAUCCCUCAAACAUUUCCUAAGACAUUAAUUAGGACAUGAAUGCCUGCUGCUUCUCACAUUCUUCUGAUGCCCAAUAUAAGAAGCCCAGGGUGUUAGGACAGAGUCAAGUACUGUCACUGCACUGAUCCCUGAGAGAUCUAUGAAGAAACAACAUAUCUAUGCUUAAAGAAUAAGACUUUGAAAAAUCAAAACAAACCACAUACAGCUUUAUGUUUUUACUCACAGAGCACUCCUUACCAUAUAAGCAUAUUGUGAUAUAUUUUCCUGGAUAUCUGUUUUCAUUUAUCAUCUUCAGCCUAUCAUUUCCUAAGUGGAUUAAAGACAGGAAACUAUUUGUCUACUGAUAUUUGCAGGUGGUGAGUUAACAAACGGAAUAUACUUUCUUGUGAGCUCAGACUCUGAAAGAGGUGGCAAAUUUUCAGGGAUUGUUGUUGCAGGGUUGAUAUGAACUGUUUGUGUAUUGCCUUAUGGAACAUUAACUCCUGACUCCUCCUGAAGCUGCCCAAUUCUUUUAUCGAAUCAGAGUGCGUUCCUUCCUGUUUGCCUCCUUCUCAUGUAAAACUACUUAUGUAAUGCUAAUCAAACAGAUUGCAUUUCUCCUGCUAAGCUGAUGAAAAGGAUGCAGAAACCAGAGGAGAGAAAUGAAACCAUCAUUACAGAAUUCAUCCUUCGUGGCUUUGGAGACCUACGUGAUCUGCAAAUUCCUCUCUUUGUGGUGUUUCUAGUUAUUUACAUCAUGACUAUAAUUGGGAACCUGAUCAUUGUUGUACUAGUUGUGCGAAAUCAGCACCUCCAUACCCCCAUGUAUUUCUUCUUGGGUAAUUUGUCUUGCUUGGAGAUUUGUUACAGCUCAACCAUCCUCCCUAGAAUGCUGGCCAGUUUCUUAACUCGGAACCAAACUGUGUCUAUUUAUAGCUGUUUUCUUCAGUUAUGGGCUUUUGCGGUUUUUGCGGCUGUAGAAUGCUAUCUCCUGGCAGCAAUGUCUUAUGAUCGCUACUUGGCAAUUUGUCGACCCCUGUACUACUCCACACUUAUGAAUCUCAAGAUUUGCCUUCAGCUUGUUGCUGGAUCUUGGAUUGGGAGCUUUGUGAUAAACACAGCCUCAUUUCUCUUUAUAUCAUAUUUAUCCUUUUGUGGCCACAAUGCCAUUGAGCAUUUCUUUUGUGAUUUCACUCCAUUGAUUAAUCUGGCCUGCAGUGGCGCACAACAAGUUAAACUGGCAUCAGCCGUUCUGGCUUCUUUGGCCACCCUGCCACCAUUCAUUCUGACCAUAACAUCAUAUGUGUAUAUCAUUGCUGCCAUUCUUCGAAUCCCCUCCACAACAGGAAGGCAAAAGGCCUUCUCUACCUGCUCCGCUCACCUCAUUGUGGUGACCAUUUUCUACGGCACCCUCACCAUUGUGUAUGUUUUGCCAGAUACCAAUGAACUGAAAGAGCUGAACAAAGUGUUCUCUGUUUUUUACACCAUCUUGACACCUUUGGUCAACCCCCUCAUAUACAGCCUGAGGAACAAAGAGGUGAAAGAAGCCCUGAGAAAGUCAGGCAGCCAAUUUUGUAAUUCACAUAAGAGUGCACUUACUUCUUGUUUUCAAAUCUUAUGAUGGUGUUUCUAAACAAUUUAAGCACAAGGAUCCUUGAUCAUGUUGAAUUCUAACAUAUUUUAGAUCGAGUCUAUGUUUUAAUAUGUGUGCUGGUCG